UCUGGGAGCAACCAUAGGCUGCUGGGUCUCAAGCAUGUCCGCUUCCACGGUGGAUUUUGACGUCGGAAUGAAACCCGUUUUGUGCCGGGAUGUCGACAAUGUUGAAGAACAUAGUGAAGGUGAGUUUGCGCCAAAUUGCAAUCAAACUGGUGAAGAGACACCUGAAACUGGAACUCCUCUGACACGCUCCUUGAGCCCUUCCAGUGAUGGUGGUGCUUCUGCUGCUGAUCGGUCCGAGCGCGCUCCGAGCCGCCGUCACCAGCGAAAAAAGAGAGGCGCUUCUCAUGAGUCGGUUGAUGCAGGAGUUUCUACUGUUGCAAGAACAGCCGAUGCUUCUGAAGCUCCAGACAGUGUUCUUGAAGACCUGUCCGAGUCGUAUCAAGCUGAUGUGCUGCGCAGCAGCUCUGAUACAGAGGCCUCUGUCCGUGGCCGGAAAUCCACCUCCAGGAGCACUGGAGGUGCAAAAGUUGCAAGGCCCAAGACUGUGCGACCUGCCGGAGUGGUGGGGCAUGGUUUUCAGGUCUGCCCCAUCAGAGUCAUGGGCUUUCCCCAGGCUCCCUUUGGUGUGAGCGAUUUCUGUUUGCGUGGCCUUUUCGGAUCUGGAGAGCGCAAUAAAUCAUUUUCCGAUCGGGAAAUCAUCAAGGUGCUGGCCGCACCACCCGAGAAACAUCAGCGCCUGCUCGAGACGGCAAAGCGGUUGCCUGAAAUUCUGAUGGCUAAUGAUCCUCCGUUGGCGAAUUCAGCGGAGCUCUAUGGUUCCCUGGCGCUCAUGACAGAGUCCGCGCAUUGGCGGGAUCAGGACGGGCCUGUGUGCUACGUGAACGGCCAGUCAGACGUGGACUUUGUGGUUGACAUGAGGAAAAAUGUGGCGCCAUAUUCGAUUGUGAAGCAGCUGUGCUCGAAGGAGACGUGGAAAUUGGUUGGACAAGUCCAGGUGCACAAGUUUUCCUCAACGCAGUUUACUCUUCUGGGGAGCUUUGAUGAGGAAACAGGAGAAUCAAAGGAGGCCAAAGAGAAGGUGUAUCUUGAUCUGACCUGUAUCGAAAGUCCUCUGCAGUUCAAUCGGUUUAAGAAAAGACAGGAGGCCUUUCGGAAAGUCUUUCUGCAGGUAAGGAAGCAUCUCGAGGCAAAGUUUGGCAUGGAGGGUCCUUUGGCUUUUGAUGCUUAUAUUCAUCUGCUGAAGGCAUUUGCUGCCAAGGUUCCUCACAGUGCAAUCAGUGUUUACCAGGCCGUGAAGGGAGGAAACACGGUUCAUGACUUUUUUCAAAGCAGUUGCUCUGACAAAGAAGACGUAGAAGAGUGCAUCUCUUCUUCCCAAAUUCGCAGAAAAACUGGCAGAGCUGGUCGUCUCCUUUCUCAGGCGGAGCUUGUCCCUUGCCCUCUGCUUUUUCGAAGGCUUUCUCAGGAUACCGAGACACCUUUUGCAUUCGAUGGCAAUGCCCUGGGUUAUCGUCGACAAUCAAUUGACUUGAGCAACGGGAGGUUGCUCGCACGUCAAAUCACAAGCUGGAGAAGUGAACUGUACUUCCGGAGCGUUGAGAUCAACCAUUUAUCAACUCGUGCUGAUGAGUGGAUGAACGUGACUCAUUCCUUGGAUCCGCAGCAAGUGUCAAUGGAAGCGCUGCAAUUGCUUGAGAGGUCCUUUCCUGUGACUGGCGAGGAUGCUUUUCUCCUUGGCGCUCCACCUGAUGUUUGGCUGUGCGACUCGAGGUUUUGAAGGCUUAUGAACUUGUGCAUCCAUGGCCGAGCUCUACACUGAGUCUGCUAUGGCUGCUAUGUGUUCUCACGCCCAAGGCUUUUGUUUCGAAAGGGCUGAAGACUGAUGGCCGGCAAAGUUUUAC